GCUGUAUGGAGAAGCACCGGGUGGUCGGGGUCCUUCGUCAGAUGGAGAAGUUUCUGAGGGGCCAAGAAGUCCGCUUCACAGAAGGCCUGCGCAUCAUGAAGUCCAAGCUGGCCGGCCUGCAGAACUCCGUGUCCAAGUUUCCCCAAGCCGACGAGUCUUCCCCACCCAAUACAUGUCCUGCCCUGGAGGCUCCGGCACAUGGCAGGAAAUUUGGCUCCAAAUUCUUCGUCGGUCACGAGGUCCACUUCACCUGCGCCCCAGGCUAUCACCUGGUGGGUCCUGGCACGCGGCUGUGCCAGGAGGAUGGCACCUGGAGCGGGGCGAACGCCAUCUGCAAAGAUGUCAGUGAGUGUGCCAGCACCCCCUGCCAGAACGGGGGCACUUGUGUGGAGGGCAUCAAUCAGUACAAGUGCACCUGUCCGCAGAACUGGAGUGGAGCUCACUGUCAGCACCAGACACAGACAGCCCCCCCUGAGUGGAGCGUGACCAACGACCCGGCCUUCAGCCGCCGGCCGCGCUGCGCCAAGGUGGACCAGGCCCAGCACUGCAGCUGCGACGCCGGCUUCCACAUGAGCGGCACCAGCGACAACAGCAUCUGCCAGGAUGUGAAUGAGUGUGAGGUGUAUAAGACGGAGCGUGGCGGCGGCCAGCUGUGUGUCCAUGCGUGCGUGAACGUCCCGGGCUCCUACCACUGCUCCUGUCCCGCGGGCUACAGGCUGCUGGCGGACGGGCGGAGCUGCGAGGAUGUGGAUGAGUGUCUGACCCAACAGCACAACUGCUCCCGCGGCACCACCUGCAUCAACACGGGCGGCAGCUUCCAGUGUGUCAGCCCAGAGUGCCCACGCUCCCACGACAGCAUCAGCUACGUCAGGACUUCACCCUUCCAGUGCGAGAGGAACCCUUGCCCCAUGGAGGAGAGCCGCUCCUGCCACCUGGCCGCCAAGACGGUGUCCUUCCACUACCUGUCGCUGCCCUCCGGCCUCCAGACCCCCGCCACGCUCUUCCGCAUGGCCACCGCCUCGGCCCCCGGGCGCCCCGGCCCGGACAGCCUCCGCUUCAGCAUCGUCGGGAGCAGCUCCCGCAGCCGCAGCCUGUUCGUGAUGCAGCGCUCGGACCGGCAGACCGGCGAGCUGAUCCUGGUGCAGCCCCUGCAGGGGCCCCUGGAGGUGAGCGUGGACAUGGACAUGGCCGAGUACGCCGAGCGCAGCUUCCAGGCCAAGCACGUGGCCAAGGUGCACAUACUCGUGUCGCCCUACAGCUUCUGAGAGGACCCCCCCCACACCACAU